AAAGAUUUAAACAUACAUAGGGACAGAAAAAGUGACUUUAUUUUAUACUAUGUAGUGAUAAAAGAUUAGGAUAUAUGGUUAUGAUACCUUUGCCUUUCCAGUUGGAAAAAUAGAACUGCUACUACUACCAAGUUCCUGUUGUUGUUGUAGAUGUAUAAUUAUGUGAAUUAAGAGUGAUUUUACCUAGUUUUCAUUACGUUAUAACGGGAAUAAAAUCAGCGAACACUCAAAAACGACCAAAGAAAUAUCAACGCUAGGCAAGAUAUACAACACAGCGAAAUGCCUUUACCGCCGGCGUUAGCUGCUCGUUUAGCUAAAAGAGGUCUUUUGAAACAAAAUGCAGAUUCCACCGCUGUCGCAUCUGUUGGUCAAAUCAACGAAGAAAUAAUUGCAGAAGAUUAUGAUAGUAAGCCUAACGAAAAUGGAAAAGAUGAGCCUUGGGAAGGCUUUGUCGAUCCUGUCAAAGGCCAUCGAGGAUGCCCUAAUAAAAGUAAUAUUUAUCAUGAAUGUUCUACUUUUUGUAUUAAAAGAUGGAAGCAAGGUAAACUGGUACCGACUGAGACAUAUUUAGAACACAAGGAGAAAGUUUUAGAGCUAUGGCCCUUGCCACCAGGAUGGGAAGAAGUGUUUGAUGAAGGUUAUGGUCAACAUUAUUUUUGGAAUGUGCACACUAAUCUGGUUUCGUGGAUACCACCCGGACAUCCCCGUGCUGUGCCUACGGAAUCUGCCGCACAAUUGCGCGAAGAACGUCUGAUGAAAGAAGGCGACGAAAGUGAUGAAAGCAGUGAGGCCUCGGAUCAGGAAGUUCCGCAGAUUCAAAAAGAUAAGAAACCUGAUCGCCGAGAAAGAGAAAAGGAACAUUCACAUCAUAGAGACAAAAAAAGGCUCAGGGUCAAAGAUAAUGACUUGGAUCCAAUGGACCCAGCAUCUUACUCUGAUGUACCUAGAGGUAAUUGGACAUCAGGUUUAGAUACACAUUCUAAAACAGGUGUAGAUACCACAGCCUCUGGUUCACUCUAUCAAAUGAGGCCCUAUCCAGCACCUGGAGCAAUACUUGCAGCUAAUGCAAAACAACAUUCUCCACCACCUUCACCAUAAGACUUUCAUUAGAUUGUUUGCUAUUAUAAUACGUAAACUCAGACCUGGCAGUUUUCUUUACAUUAACCAAAUUAAAUGAAAUGGUUAGCUGCACUUGUUGUUCUUAAUGAAUUUGGUAUGUAACAUGUUUAAUUUCUAAAUGGGUAGAGCAUGUAACCUACCCAUUUGCAAGUCUUUUUAGCCUUCUCUGACAUUUCUGAAGUUUUAUGUAUUUCUGCACGAAAGUAUGCGAAGUAACAAUUUAUUUUUACAAAAAUUCUUUUUUUAUUACCCUUGUAUGUAGAAGCUCUUGCUUACUAUUAAGUACUCUCAACAAACCUUUUUUGAAUGCCUGGCAAAAAACAAUAUUUUAUAAAUAGGUAAUAAUAGUCUUAGAUAUCUCAUAAUUCCAGAUUUAGGUGUCAGUGAAAUCAGAUGCACAUAAUUUACAAUACAAAGUAAAAAAAAAAAAUUGUUGAAA